UGGAGUCCGGGGCCGGGUGGGGGGCUGCUAUGGCGGGCAGCCCAGGCAGCGGGGCCUCCUUGGGGGUUAUAUCCCGGGGAUCCUCUGAGGAAGCCGACCUCCGAAGGAAAGCCCUUCGGGGGCAGGUGGUGGAGUCCGGGGGCUUCAGCCCAUUCAGAGUUGGAGUGAGGAGUCUGUGAUUCCCUGGUGCAGGGCAGAACCUGGAACCUGACGCCUGCUGCCCUCUCCCCUCUCCUCCCACAUCAGAGUCUACUUCCUCCUGCCUGGGGCCUCCCACCUGCCCAGGCUGGCAUUACCCAGGGCCUGCAGAACAGGCCACGGCCACUCCCCGCUGGGGCCCUACCCCAGGCAUUCCCAUGCCUGGCAGGGAAGGAGCCAUGCAGCAAGUCCUGGACAACUUGGGAUCCCUCCCCAAUGCCACGGGGGCUGCAGAACUGGACCUGAUCUUCCUGCGAGGCAUUAUGGAAAGUCCCAUAGUAAGAUCCCUGGCCAAGGCCCAUGAGAGGCUGGAGGAGACGAAGCUGGAGGCCGUUCGGGACAACAACCUGGAGCUGGUGCAGGAGAUCCUGCGGGACCUGGCACAGCUGGCCGAACAGAGCAGCACAGCCGCUGAGCUGGCCCGCAUCCUCCAGGAGCCUCACUUCCAGGUUUCCUCCAGGCUGGGGUGCAACUGGGGCAGGCCAUUGGGGGAGGGGCCGGCAGGAAGUUGGAGGUGGAAUGGAAAGGGACUGCAGGGCACUGGCCCACGGUCCCUUCUCUUCCCACCCCCUCCCCAGUCCCUCCUGGAGACGCACGACUCUGUUGCCUCAAAGACCUAUGAGACACCACCCCCCAGUCCCGGCCUGGAUCCCACGUUCAGCAACCAGCCGGUGCCUCCCGACGCUGUGCGCAUGGUGGGCAUCCGCAAGACCGCUGGAGAACAUCUGGGCGUGACAUUCCGCGUGGAGGGUGGCGAGCUGGUGAUCGCACGCAUCCUGCACGGGGGGAUGGUGGCUCAGCAAGGCCUGUUGCAUGUGGGUGACAUCAUCAAAGAGGUGAAUGGGCAGCCCGUGGGCAGCGACCCCCGUGCGCUGCAGGAGCUCCUGCGCAGCGCCAGCGGCAGCGUCAUCCUCAAGAUCCUGCCCAGCUACCAGGAGCCCCAUCUGCCCCGCCAGGUAUUUGUGAAAUGCCACUUUGACUAUGACCCAGCCCGAGACAGCCUCAUCCCCUGCAAAGAAGCAGGCCUGCGCUUCAACGCCGGGGACUUACUCCAGAUUGUAAACCAGGAUGAUGCUAACUGGUGGCAGGCGUGCCACGUGGAAGGAGGCAGUGCUGGGCUCAUCCCCAGCCAGCUGCUGGAGGAGAAGCGCAAAGCCUUCGUUAAACGGGAUCUGGAGCUGACGCCCAACUCAGGUAUCGCCCCUAGUCCUCCUCUGGGAUCUGACUGCAUCCCAGCCUGGCCUCACUCACCCAUCUCUCUAUGGCCAGGGACCCUAUGCGGCAGCCUUUCGGGGAAAAAAAAGAAACGAAUGAUGUAUUUGACCACCAAGAAUGCAGAGUUUGACCGCCAUGAGCUGCUCAUCUACGAGGAGGUGGCCCGCAUGCCUCCUUUCCGCCGGAAAACCCUGGUGCUGAUCGGGGCUCAGGGCGUGGGUCGGCGCAGCCUGAAGAACAAGCUCAUCAUGUGGGAUCCAGACCGCUAUGGCACCACGGUGCCCUACACAUCCAGGCGGCCCAAAGACUCAGAGCGCGAAGGCCAGGGUUACAGCUUUGUGUCCCGAGCGGAGAUGGAGGCUGACAUCCGUGCUGGGCGCUACCUGGAACAUGGCGAAUACGAGGGCAACCUGUAUGGCACACGUAUCGACUCCAUCCGGGGUGUGGUCGCUGCCGGCAAGGUGUGCGUGCUGGAUGUCAACCCCCAGGCGGUGAAGGUGCUGAGAACAGCGGAGUUUGUCCCUUACGUGGUGUUCAUUGAGGCCCCUGACUAUGAGACCCUUCGGGCCAUGAACCGGGCUGCGCUGGAAAGUGGGGUGUCUACUAAGCAGCUCACGGAGGCGGACCUGAGACGGACGGUGGAGGAGAGCAGCCGCAUCCAGAGGGGCUACGGGCACUACUUUGACCUCAGCCUGGUCAACUGCAACCUGGAGAGGACCUUCCGCGAGCUCCAGGCCGCCAUGGAGAAGCUGCGGACGGAGCCCCAGUGGGUGCCUGUCAGCUGGGUGUACUGAGCCUGCUCGACUGGACCUUGUCUCCUCUGGGUUGUGACCCAGAGACCUGAAUCCAUCCCUUUCCCAACCAUGACCCUCAACCACGGCCCUGAGCUCCAGUCCCUGGGGCUCUGGCUCCCUGGGAAGCAGCUCCUCGCAGGCCCCAAGUCUGGCUUCGGCGCAGAGGCAUGCACUGCCAGGGAGGUGGGUGUUCGUGGGGUACCUCUGUGCCCAGGUGCUGCCCCCUCCUGAUGCCCAUUGGCCACCAGAUGUUCCUCUCUGAGGGCCACGCUGUGCCCAGGAGUGUGUCAGAGUCACCGCCCAAAGGCUCAGACCAGAGAAGAGAAGAUGCUUUGGGACCACGUGGUCAGUAGGUACACUGCCCCUGCCACCUCUCUCCAGUCACCUUCUCUCCUCUGGACUGGCCACCCCACCCUAUUCCCGAGCUCCCCCCACCUCUCACCCCUCUGUCCUAGGAGCAGGCCUUAGGCUUUUUCUAUGUGGCCAGGGGAGUGCAAGGCCCCCUGGCAGCCAGGCAGGCCUGGCAGUGAGGCCAACCUGGUGCCAUCCGGAAGGCUGCCGGAGCCAAAGCAUGAGCCAGUUGUCACAGCCGGGAGCAGUGCAGCUCUCUGCUCCCGGGAACGAGGCAGAGUCCCGCGAAUGGACCCUGCCCGGUAUUUCCCUCAUCCACAGCUUUUCACUGCCGAAGUCUCUCCAGGGACUUCUCCAAUGUGCCCGCAGGUCAGCUCUGCGCCCUGCAGGGCCAGGCCGGCAGGGGGCAGCAGGCACCGCCCAGGCCAGGGGGGUUGGAGGCUGAGCCCUGUCCCCAGGAGCCUGCUACUACUGACCGAAGAGCUCCAAGCUCUCCGUGGCCCAUGGGGAGGACACGCCUGGGCUCCCUGUUCACGACCAUUGUCCAUGCGGUCUUUACUCUGGCCAGGUCCACGUGGUCCACUAGUGUCAGGACUGAUGGGGGUGGGGGGGGGCUCAGGAAGGAUGCGAAGGGAAGCUGUGAGCACUGUGCUCUGAUAGGCUCCUCAUUGCCCAGCGCCAGGGGGUGCCAUCCAUACUGUUUCUGUGCAGUUUACGUCCACAUGCGACCCACCUGGUCUGAGUUCUGCCACUGGCUUGUGUGUGUCAGGCUUGGUUUUUGGAGAAGAGACACUUUGGAGGUCACUCUUUGGGUCCCCUUUUCAGGGUUUCCCAGCAGCUCCCCUGUCUUAGGAGACACUUAUCCCAGAUUCUAGAACCUUGACCUGCCCAGAUGUCUUCCUCCAGCUCUUAUUGUCCCCUGACCCUAAAUGCCACUCUCCUGUCCUUGGUGAGGGCAAUUGUGUAAAACAGGAGACUCCCUUUUUUUUUUUUUUUUAGAGAAAGGAAGGGAGAGAGAGAGAGAGAGAGAAAGAGAGAGAAACAUCGAUUGGUCGUCUUCCCAUGUGUCCCAACUGGUGAGUGAACCUGGAACCUGGGUGUGUGCCCUGACCGGGAAUCGAACCCACAACCUUUUGGUGUACGGGUCGAUGCUGCAGCCACCUGAGUCAUACUAGCCAGGGUGAGAAUCCCUUUUGAGAAAAGAAUGCUGUCCUCAACUUCCCCAGGCAUCUCAUCCCUCAUCCUUCUCUGUGACCCUUCCUGGGGUGAGCCUGUCCUUGCUCGGGGACCCCCAGCCACUAUACCCCCCAGUCCUUCUGAAUGUCAGUCAGUGUUUGCUGCAGCGUCAGCCCAAGCUGGCCCCUGAACCACUGUGUGCCCAUUUCCUAGGGAAGGGGAGGGAGAAGAAACAGAAUAUUUAUUACAAAGUUAGAAAUAUAUUUAUUAUAUUAGGGAUCUCAUUGCAUUUGCAUAAGAUAUGCAAAUGAGAUGUCAGGGUCAAGCCUGCUCCCGUCUCAUUUGCAUAGCUCUGCAUCCACUAUGCAGUCAUCUUUAUACUCCCCUUUUCCCUUUAGUCAGCCUUCUUUUUAUCCUUAUUCAACUCUUACAUCACCCUCACCCUCAGCCCAAGGGGACUGGGAGUGGGAGGAAAAUGGGGUGUCCUUUGCCAGGUCCCACCUCACCUGGUUAACCUCUGACCAAAAGAUGGGGUCGGGGGGAGCUGGGCACAUUGCUGGGGAGUUGGCAGGUGGCCCUUUAGGGUGAAUCUCCAGUGUUGAUGCUCUCUGGCACCUUCACCUCUAGUGAUCCCCCGGGGGCAGGGCUGGGCCCCUCUCCUGUCUCCAUCCCUCUCUGAACAGCGUGCUACCUCCCCUGCAUAAGCCCCACUCCAUGGAACAGGUGUGCGCACCCACGAGUUAGCUCUGACUCUGCCCUCCCUCCUCCCACUGUGGACGCUUGUAUUUGGGGGACCUCAGGAUAAUGAGGCCCCUGCCCCUCACAGUCUGAACCCAUUUCCCCUUCCCCCUCCCCUCCCUCAGCCAUCCAGUUCCUGAGCUUUCUGUCUGACUGGUUUUCUUUCUUUUCCGUUGAUUAAAUGUGAAAGCAAAGGCA